GCGAGAUUUAAUUGGUUUGAGCUCCCAGUAUAUGUAAAUGGCAGUGGAUGGCUCCUCCCAUGCACCUGAUAGGGAGUAUUUACUGCUCUACAGCUACUCACUGCACUGUUUCCAAGAGCGCAGCGCUGCAUCAUGACACUCCACUGGACUUAAGCAAUAAGGAUUUCCGCCUUGACACACUAAACUGACGUUCACCGCUAUAUUUUAAAAGAACAACAACAACAACAAAAAGUUUUCCAAAGUUGUCCACUUGUUUUCCAAGAUGCCACGCUCUUUCCUGGUCAAGAAACACAUAAACUCCGCAAAGAAGCCAAAUUAUAGUGAAUUGGAAAGCCCAACAGUGUUCUUCACGCCGCACAUCUACAAGGGCCUUCCCCUGCCUGUCAUCCCCCAGCCGGAGAUCCUGAGCCCGGCAGCGUACAGCCCCAUCACAGUGUGGACUACCAGCAACUUGCCGCUGUCUCCGCUCCCCAGUGACCUCUCCCCCAUCUCUGGAUACCCCUCAUCGCUCUCCGACACCUCCUCUAAAGACCACAGCGGCUCUGAAAGCCCGAGGAGUGAUGAGGACGAGCAGUUGCUGCCCAAGCUGACAGACCCUCACGGAGUGGAGGCAGAGAAAUUCCAAUGUAGUUUGUGUAGCAAGUCCUACUCCACGUACUCUGGACUGCUCAAGCACAAACAGCUGCACUGCGACGCCCAAACGAGGAAAUCCUUCAGCUGUAAAUACUGCGAGAAGGAGUAUGUUAGCCUGGGAGCUCUCAAAAUGCACAUCAGGACUCACACCUUGCCUUGUGUUUGCAAAAUAUGCGGGAAAGCUUUCUCCAGACCGUGGCUGCUCCAAGGACACAUCAGGACGCACACCGGAGAGAAGCCGUUUUCCUGCCCUCACUGCAACAGGGCGUUUGCAGACAGGUCCAAUCUCAGGGCGCACCUACAGACCCAUUCGGAUGUGAAAAAAUACCAAUGCAAGAACUGCUCCAAAACUUUCUCCAGGAUGUCUCUUCUGCACAAGCAUGAGGAAUCUGGUUGUUGUGUAGCACACUGAACUGAACUGGGAUACUUUUCCACCAGCAGAGAACCCCCUCCUCCAUUGCUCUGUUACUUUAUUUUUUCCAAGCCCAGGAGAACUGUCAGGGAAUCACAUCCUAGGGGGUUUGGUCCCUAAUGUGCAGACUUCUUUUUUUUUUUCUUUUUUUUUUUUUCUACCACCGGUCGAUUUCAUUUCAAAGUGAGAAAUAGCUAUGUGCUCACGUGCUUCUCGUUUCAAGCAGUGUUUCUGUGAUUGCAAUCAGUGUCGAGCUUUUUCAAACCAUGUACUCACCUACCUGUGCUAUUCAUGCACUUUUCUGCAUGUCUAGAAUGUUUUAUAUGCCUUCACAAUGUUAUCUUCAGUGUUUGUACCAAUGUCUCUCAAUGGCUGUUAUGCAGUCCUCCACUUUUUUAAAUGUAACCACACAAACGAUACCAAAGGGCGCAUUAUGAAUGACAGUAUAAAUAUAACCAGAGGAAUACUGAAGCCAUUGUUACUUAGGGAACAAGUGCAAACUUAGUUUUUAGGGAGAAAUUAUUAUAACUUUUGCACAGUCAUUAGAAGCAGGUUUGCCAGCACUCAAAUAGCAAUACAAGUUUUUCUCAAGUGCCUCAAUUUUACUUGGCAAUAAUAUGUAUUUUUUUGAACAACAGUUUCAUUUUAUAUUUUUAUAUAUUGAAUGUAAGCGUGACUGAGAUGAUUGUAUACUGACAGUGAAAACUGUGAUGCUGAAUGAUUUUGAUAUUUUCAUAUUUCUCAUGACACUUUUAAAAAUAAAGUUUCAUGACAUUUUGUAUAA